AUGCCUGAGGCACUUCGUGACCCGACGCGUGAUAUUCUAAAUAAUCGAAACGGUAUCGAAGUUGUUAGAGUUAAGAUUGUUAUUUUUUUUGCAAUUUUACCUAACGUAGACGUCGGAUCGAUCGAAAAAUGCCGGUGGACGAGACCGUUAACGAUCAGCGGGAAAAACGAUCGAGCGGGAAUCGAAUUCGCGUCGAGCACAAAUGUGACGUUUUCGUAUCGAAAAGCGGAGUCAAUGAUUUUCGCGCUGAGAGUAUCGAACGUUCAGGAUUGCCCGGACGUGACGCGCAACUGUUCGACGCUGAGGUCGCCGCACGGCGUGGCGUGUCGGCUGCGCGGCCUCGCGCCCGGCCGCUACGAGCUGGCGCUCACGCACCUCGCGCCGUGGGUCAGCGGCGACUUCAUGCGGAACAAGGCCACCACCAGGAAUAUCUUCGAAGUGAACUCGCCGCGCGUGGCGGGCGUGGGCCGCGUGGGCGCGGGCGGUGCGGGGUGGGGGUGGGCGCGGGGGUGGGGCGCGGCGGCGGCGGCGCUGCUGGCGCUGUGCGCGGCGGCGGCGCUGCUGCUGUGCGCGCUGCAGCGGCGGCGGCACCGCGCGCGCAGCAAGCGCGUGCUCAGCCAGUGGCUGCACAGGGAGGAGAGCAAGCAACAGCCGGUGGGCGGCGCGGGCCCCAUUCUGGUGGCGUACGCGCGCGAGGGGCCCGCCUUCCGGCCCCUAGUGCAGGCGCUGCUGGACCUGCUGGAGGCCGCGGCGCCCGGGCAGGUGCUGGACCUGCACUCGGCGCGCACGGCGGCGCUGGCGGCGGGGGGCGCGGCCGCGUGGCUGCGGGCGCUGCUGGCCGCGCCGCACCGCCUCGUGCUGCUGCAGUCGCCCGCGCUGCGCCUGCCCCCGCCCGGCGCGGCUGGGGAGGUGCUGUACCGCUGCCCCGAGCCGGGCGACUGGCUGCUGCCGCUGCUGCUGCGCACCGUCCAGGAGCACCGGGACCCCACGCCCUACCGGAAGCACUACCUCGCCACAGCGGUAGAAGCAGGAGGAGGUCCAAGGCGACAUCGCAUCGUCCGAAACGUUACUGCAUUGAGAAACUCUCGGAAUACACCUUAUUAAUGAGAGAGUUAUAAUGAGUCACUUGUGGGCGAUUAUAAUAAAAUGUAUAUAUUUUAUUUAAUCACUGCAGUAAAAAAGUUCUUAAAAUUAUUUUAACACUAAAGCUCUUUUUACUAAUAUAAUAAUAGAAAAAGAAAGUAAAAUUAUAGUAAAAUGGUAUGAGUGAGUACGCGCGAUUGGUAUUCUUUAUAACAUUGAAGUAAUGAUUAGUUAAACUGUAAUCGUUACUUCAAUGUUAUAAAGAAUAAUUAUGAAUUAAGUAGUCGUCGAAUAUUGCUGAGGCGCGUUACCUACUUAUUACAGUUCAACGUGCGGUCCGUACACCUGUACUUUAGCACCGCCGAUCCCUAUUGGGACCUACACCUGUACCCAGGAAGGAAUGUUAGGUGCAUUGGUUUCAAUCGAUCAUCAAUAUAUGGCUUCAGCGCCACUAAUCUGCAGUGGGAUCUACACGUGGUCCAGUACGCAAUGUACGUGGGCGGGGCGUGCGCGUGAAACCGCUCACUAUUAAAAAAAAAUUACAAUUUCUUUAUUAGUAGUUUUUGUAUGAUUUAUGACGUCAAAUGAAAGAGAAAAUAUAAUGUUACAGUGAUUGGCAAAACGUAAAUAUGACUGGGGGACCGUAUUCGGGGUACGUUUAUCGUUUUAUCGAAAUGGGUCGCGGGGGAGGCGGUACCGAUGUACCGGGAGGGCCUGGGAGGGUUGCCCUCCUGCGCGGGAAGCGAGAGCGCGCUCCUUCCGUGCCAUGUUCUAGUAGACAUUAACGGAGAGCCGAAGUUGUCGGGACAAAAUCCCAGAAACGACGGUGAUAUUUCUCUCGAAUCGGUUUUAUGCGAUGUAAUAGGGGGACAACUUUUUUAUAUUUUUAUUCGUAUAUCUACUUUAAGAUAUAGAAGUAAGUUUAAUUUUAAAAUAUUACCGCGAGAACGUCAACUGCUGUCACGGCGGCGCUCCGCCGUCCCGCCUCUCCCCGCCUCAUAUCGGGAGGUUCAAUUCUCGAAGGUCCGAGAGGAGGAGGAGGGGCGGGACGUCCCGCGCUGUCCGCGGGCACUUGUAUUUGUUUAAUAAAACUGAAACUGUGAUGUGAGUGUGUGCCGCGUGCAGGCUGGAGGGCCUGGAGACGGAGGUGCUGCCGCUGGCGGUGCCCUACCGCCGGUACCGCCUGCCCGCGCACGCGCCCGCGCUGCUGCGGGACCUGGCGGGGGCGGGGGCGGGGGCGGGCGAGGGGGCGGGGGCGGAGCUGGCGCGCGCGGCGGGCGCGUUCGUGGCGCACGUGCGCGCGCGGCCCGACUACCUGCUGGAGCAGCUCGUGCUCGUGUAGGGCGCGAGGCCCGCACCUCUAGGGUGUGGAAACCGCCUCGCCGCCUAUUGAAAAAUAUUUCCGCUCCGAUAAAAACUUCCCGUGUCUAA